CGGCCGGAGGUCGGCCAGGAUGGGGGUGGGUCGAGGCGCGGCUCCGACAAGAUCAGGUCGGCGGCUGCUACCGCGAAGGUGGCAAGAGAGCGGUCGAGCUUCUGCGACCCGGGGCGGAGCUCUGCGAUCCAAGUGCCCUGCUCGCCAAGCGAGGUGGGCGGGCGGCUCGGGACCAUGGCCAGGGCCGGCAUGGAGCGGUGGCGUCACCGCCUGGCGCUGGUGACGGGAGCCUCGGGGGGCAUCGGCGCGGCCGUGGCCCGGGCCCUGGUCCAGCAGGGACUGAAGGUGGUGGGUUGUGCCCGCACCGUAGGCAACAUCGAGGAGCUGGCUGCUGAAUGUAAGAGUGCAGGCUAUCCUGGGACUUUGAUCCCCUACAGAUGUGACCUGUCAAGUGAGGAGGACAUCCUUUCCAUGUUCUCGGCUGUCCGCUCUCAGCACAAUGGUGUGGACAUCUGCAUCAACAAUGCCGGCUUGGCCCGGCCUGACACCCUGCUGUCAGGCAGCACCAGCGGUUGGAAGGACAUGUUCAACGUGAACGUGCUGGCCCUCAGCAUCUGCACACGGGAAGCCUACCAGUCCAUGAAGGAGCGGAAUGUGGACGAUGGACACAUCAUUAACAUCAACAGCAUGGCUGGCCACCGAGUGUCACCCCAGUCUGUCGUUCAUUUCUAUAGCGCAACCAAGUAUGCUGUCAGUGCGUUGACAGAGGGACUGAGGCAAGAGCUUCGGGAGGCUCAGACCCACAUCCGAGCCACGUGCAUCUCUCCGGGCGUGGUGGAGACACAAUUCGCCUUCAAACUCCUCAGCAAUGACCCUGAGAAGGCAGCUGCCACCUAUGAACACAUGAAGUGUCUCAAACCCGAGGAUGUGGCUGAGGCUGUCAUCUACGUCCUCAGCACCCCCCCACAUGUCCAGAUUGGAGACAUCCAGAUGAGGCCCACGGAGCAGGUGACCUAGUGUCCUGUGGGGAGCUCCUCCUUCCCUCCCCACCCCUCACGGCUUGGCUCCUGCCUCUGGAUUUUAGGUGUUGCUUUCUGGACCCCUGGAUCCCACUUCCUGUCCCAACUUCCAUCAGGGGCUAGAAAAUUUGAGGUUUUUAUAUCAUCUUGUGAAAUUGUUUCCAUUGCAAAUGUGAAAAGUGAGCUGGGGAGAGGAGGUGGUGUCCCUGUUGUUUUACCUGUUAACUUGUUCUUGGGCUCCUUGGCCUUUGUCUGCUGUGCUCAAUCUCUUCCCUUUGACCUGGGAAACGGGCUGUGGCCCAAAGCGGGGCUUCCCCCUAUCUUCUUGCACUUCAGCCUCUGCCCCUCUGGGCUGGUGUGCAGAGAGAGGCUCUCACCUUACAUCUAAAUGGUUAUCCAAGGCUCCAGGCUUCAUCCUUUCCCUUCCCCACUGCCCCCACCCCUCUUGUCUUCCUUCUUCCCAGCUCUCUAGCCCAAUCUUGUUUCUUGGCCCCUGAUUGGGUCAUUACUCCUCUCUGACUGUGGCAGCAGAAUACCAGGGCCUGGCUUCCAGCGGAUUUCACUGUGAUCAUUAAAAAAGAAAAAUA